AUAAAGGUGAAGAAGAUGAAGAAGCUGGUGGUGUUUUUGCUGUGUCUGGUCCUGCUGACCAUCUACACAGAUGCCAACCCAAUUAUCACAGAAAGCUUCGCUAAGCAACUGCUCCGCAGUAAGAGGCAGGAUCGACCAAUGAAGGCCGGCCACCCUGAUGAGCCAAUGAGGGAGCAUCUGCUACACAUGCAGGCUUUGGAUCAGAGAGCCCAGGAGACCAACAUGGAGAACUGGCUGAACCCCCACUGCUACCCACACUGUGACAGGAACUAUGGAUACCCGGUCUGAGAAGGACACCUCAAGCCUUCUCCUUUGUGGCCAACCAGAGGCGACGGCAUGGACUCAAGAUGGCAAAAGUGGAAAUAAAAACAUGAAAUAUACCUUCUUGUGAAAUGGCUAUGCUGAUUCUGCUGACUUGCUGGUUAUAGGCCUACAUUUAAUCUUACUGCAUUGCAGGUGUGUAGUUUAGUGUCAUCAGUACUUUUGUGUUACGGUUCAAAUGAAAUGUAUCAGCAUUUUCAAAUAAAUAAUAAUGCAUGAGUGUCUGUG